AUGAAGUUCUUCGUCACCUCCGCUCUUCUCGCCCUCGCGGGCCUCGCCGCUGCUGAGGUCCCCCAGGAGCACUCUCACGAGUUCUACCUCCUGGCCAUGGACAAGCUUCUCCAGGACAACAACCCCCUGGAGAUCAAGUCCUCCGUCUUUGCCCUUUUGGGUAACGCAGCCGCCGCCGAGGCUUCGGACAAGGUUAACGCCGCCGACCUCGACUGUCUGCAGCAGAUCGUUGCCGACCAGGCCUUCACCAACGCCAAGGCCAACAACGACGUCGCCGGCAUGGUCAACUCGCUCAUCUUCCGCACCCUGGAGAGGAACACCCUGACCGUCGGCGAGGCCAGCAAGCUCUGCACGACCGUCAAGGCCGUCAACCCCGAGAUCGCCGCCCUGACGCAGAUCCAGGACCCUGCCUCGCCCGAGGCGUCCAAAAACAAGCAGACCAUCCUGGACCUUGCCGUCCAGAUCGCUGCCGUCGGCGGUGACCCCACCGAGGCCCUCUUCGCCGGCACUUUUGCCCCUGGCCAGAUUGGCGACCCCACCGCUGCUGGAAACACCUGCAACGACGCCAACGACACGGACGGCUGCAUCUUUACCCAGAACCUCUUGGUUGAGGAGGCCACCGUUGACGAGAUUGAGGCUGCUGUUGCUGCGGGCGGUGCUGGCAACGGCAACGGCGGCAAUGACAACAACAACGCCGGCAACGACAACAACAACGCUGGCAACGACAACCAGAACAACAACAACGGCAACAACAACCAGAACAACAACAACGGAAACCAGAACCAGGGCGGUGCCUCGGGCAACAUCCAGUCCUUCACCGGAGCCCUCGGCGGUGCCGCCCCGGCCGUCGAGUUCUCUGCCGGCGCCGACCGCCCCUUCACCGUCAACGGCAACACCUUCACCACCGCCAACGCCGCCCUGACCCGCUCGUGCGACAUCCAGAACAACGCCUGCUUCAACGCCGUCAACGGCGGCCAGCUCACCGGCGGUACCCAGCAGUGCCAGCAGCAACAGCAGGACUGCAUCGCCUCGGUCGCCCAAUCCGCCGCCGCCGUCUCCAAGGCCAAGCGCGACCUCAAGGUCGGUGGCCGUCUUCUGCUAGCAUGGGAUUCAUUGUCCGCGCUGGCGGGUGGUGGGAGUUGUGACUUCUUCAUGUAA